AUGACCGAAGUCGCAGCAGAGGUUGUUGCGGAGACAUCCGGACAAUUGCAGCGUCCACUGGCGAAACCGAAGCGAUCGAAAGGCAAAGACAAUCAGAAGGAUAAGGACGAUGCUCCUCCGGUCAAGAGACGCUGCGUAUACGACCCGAAUUCGGACCAUCGUCGUAAAGGAGUAUACAAACAGGAUAUCGACAACCUCAGGAAUCGCAAUACCACACUUCAGACUCUGGUGCAGGCAAUUCUCACGUACGAUGAAGACGACGUCCCCGAGCUUGUACGGCAGAUACGGGCUGCAGAAGACCUGGAAGUAGUUGCGGAGUCUAUAUUGAAACGCCAAAAGCAGGCAGAGUCGGCUCCAUGUGACACACUUGCUCCCACCGGGGCCGAAUCACCUUUCCUCGGUGACGUUCCUCAGUUUGAGUCUGAAUUGACUGGAAAAAUAAGCGAGCUCAGGCUUGAUGGCGCCGUGAAGUAUGUGGGUGGGACGUCAAAUUUGAUCUUCCUCCCAGAAUUUUCAGAUGAGGAUGAGUUGUACUCGGGAGGAGAAACGCCUGAUGAUCAAAAUGAUCUGACCGAUCUAGAUGAUUGCAUUACCUCCUGGACUUCCGUGACCGACAACAAGGAGCUUAUCCGACACCUUCUUACCAUGUAUUUUACAUGGCAUUAUGCAUAUUUCACAACGUUGUCGAAGGAGUUGUUCUACCGCGAUUUUAUGCAAGGGCGUCCGAGCCAGUAUUGCUCUGCGUUGCUAGUCAAUGCCAUGCUGGCCCUUGGUUGCCAUUUUAGUACUUGGCCGGCAGCACGAGAGGAUGCAAACGAUUCAGCUACUGCAGGAGACCACUUCUUUAAAGAGGCAAAACGUUUAAUCUUGGAGAAUGACGAGCAUACGAAGGCGAAACUCUGUACGGUACAGGCUCUUGCCCUCAUUUCAGUGAGGGAGGCUGGAUGUGGCCGAGAAGGCUCAGGAUGGGUUUAUAGCGGAAUGAGCUUUCGUAUGGCCUAUGAUCUUGGGUUAAACGUCGACUCGGCUGGUAUGGGGUCACAUAACUUGUCUGCGGAAGAUAUCGAUGCCCGCAGGGUCACGUUCUGGGGUUGCUUCUUGUUUGAUAAGUGCUGGUCAAACUACCUUGGUCGCCAACCGCAGCUGUCUGGGUCUCACAUCACUGUUCCAAAAUUCGAUGUUUUUCCAGCAGAAGACACAGAGACUUGGUCACCGUAUACGGACGCUGGAGUUUCCCAAGAGCAUAGACAGCUCUCACGGACUAGAGCUGUAGCCCUGCAAAUUUCAAAACUCUGUGAAAUAAGCGGCGAUUUACUGUCUACAUUUUAUAAUCCUGCACAGCCCAAACAAAUGGCAAAGCAGGAAGAACUGAGACGACUUAGCCAACUACACACACGUCUAGAAGCAUGGCGUAAAGCGCUUCCAAAGGAAAUGGAGCCCAGGGACGGCCAGCUCCCCCAAGUCCUCCUCAUGCACAUGUUCUUCCAAUUGCUCUUCAUCCACCUCUACCGGCCUUUUUUGAAGUAUACCAAAUCGACUUCCCCUCUACCAUCUCAUGUUUCUCCGAGGAAGCUAUGCACCCAAGGUGCCUCUGUGAUCUCGAAGUUACUACGCUUAUAUAAACGCACGUACGGUCUGCGCCAGAUCUGCAAUAUCGCUGUCUAUAUCGCUCAUUCCGCGUGUACCAUACAUCUUCUUAACCUUCCAGACAAGUCUGCUAAACGGGACAUUGCGCAUGGACUUAAGCACCUUGAAGAGAUUGCGGAGAGCUGGCCAUGUGCUCGCAGAACUCUGCGAAUUUUAGAUCUGCUAUCAAAAAAGUGGAAGGUCGAGCUUCCGGAUGAAGCAGUCGCCGUCAUUGAGAGAUCUCGAGCUAAGUUUGGCUCUACUAGCUCAUGGGAACAAAUGCAAUCGCCAUCGUCCUCAGAUGCGUCCCCAAAAUUACACGAUCGUGAUCGCAAUCGUUUAUUAGGGCAAGCAACGCAUUACUCCUCACCAGAACCUGCUCAGCAGGUAGCCAAUGAUACAACUACCUCCCACGUACCACAAUACCCCAAACAAGUUCAGAUCCUUCCCUCAGAAGAUAUUAUCCGACUUCGGCAAUCGGGUCCAAAGGAGAGGACCUCUGCUGGUGAAAUAGUUCCCCCCCAAAUUUGUCCCUAUGAGACCAAACCAAAGGUACUACCCACAAUCUCCCAAUCGCCUUUGGACACCCCACCAUGCCCCAGCAAUGAAAUCCAUCCGGCACUACCCCAAUCUCCUACCCUUAUAAACUCUGAAAAACUGGUCCAAGCUAGUCAGAACUGGUGGCUAAAGGAUCAGAGUGCUCUCGCGCUAGGUAUGGAUAAUUGGUCUAAUAGCUGGAACACUCCAAACGAGGGUCCCAGCAAUGCUGUCGAUUACCCGCGUACCGCGAGCAACUCUACUCCCCCAAUCCAAACCACCGAAGCUUUCAGCCGCCACAACCAACCUAUGCAUGUUGAUGAUCUCCCUCCUAGCGCCGUAAACCUUGGCCUUCCUCACCCAAUUGCUUCUGCUUGCAACUAUAACACCGAUUACCUCACCUCUCAAACCAGUUCUACACACGCAAAUACCCCGAAUUAUAUGCAGCGACGAGAUGAGAACGGUUUCUCAGAACAUGACGAGAUGUUCUAUUAA